AUGUUCAGAACUAUACCCAAGAGACUAUUUUCCACAAUCCGUCCGCUUCAGUUGUCGUAUCAGACCAGCUUCAAACCAAUGUUGGCUGAGAAAGGAUUUGCUGGAGCAGUCGGAAACACACCUUUGAUCAAACUUAACAAGUUGAGUAAAGAGACUGGAAGAAAUAUUUUCGGUAAAGCCGAGUGGAUGAAUCCAGGUGGAUCUGUCAAGGAUAGAGCUGCUUUGUGGCUUAUUGAAAGAGCAGAAGAGAGAGGAUGGAUCAAGCCUGGUGGAACAAUUGUUGAAGGUACUGCCGGUAACACUGGUAUUGGAUUGGCUCAUAUCUGUCGUGCCAAGGGUUACAAAUGUGUUAUUUUCUUGAAUAACAUUCAGGCUCCUGCUAAGAUCGAGACCCUUCAGCUUUUGGGUGCUGAGGUUCAUGCUGUUCCUCCUGAACCAUUCACUUCUCCAAAGAACUUUAACCACCUUGCUGCCAAGUAUGCAAAGGAGCAUGACAACUGUUACUACACUGAUCAGUUUGAGAACUUCGAUAACUACAAGGCACACAUGGAGUCUACAGGUCCAGAGAUUUACCAGCAGCUUAACGGAAAGGUUGGAGCCUUCACUUGCUCCUUGGGAUCCGGUGGUACUUAUGCCGGUGUCAGUGAGUACUUAAAGGGUAUUGAUCCAUCAAUUAAAUCGUUCGUUGCUGAGCCAUAUGGUUCCAGUGUGUACGCCUUCAUCAAGACUAAAGGUAAAUCUACUGAGUGGACUGGUAGUUCGUUUACCGAGGGCAUCGGUCAGCACAGAAUUACCGGAAAUGCCCGUCAUGGUGCUCAGUUCGCUGAUGACGCUUUCUUAAUUCCAGAUAACGAGGUCAUCUCUAUGUUGUACAGACUUAUCGAUGAUGAGGGUAUUUUCGUCGGAAGUACUGCUGCAUUGAAUGUUGUUGCUGCUGUUAGAGCUGCUAAGCUGGUUCCUCCUGGCUCUAAUGUCGCUACCAUUUUCACUGAUUCUGCCCAUAAAUAUGCUAGCAGAUUCUUCAGUAAGAAGUGGUUGAAGGCUCAGAACCUUUAUGAGGACAUUCCACCUGAACUAAGAAAGUAUGCUGCUUUGGAUUAA